AUGACAGGCUCUUUCUGGCUCCUUCUCAGCCUUGUUGCUGUAACUGCUGCUCAAUCCACCACUGAAGGACAGGCCAAGACAUUUUUGGAGAAGUUUAACCAUGAAGCCGAAGACCUGUCUUAUCAAAGUUCACUUGCUUCUUGGAAUUAUAACACCAAUAUUACCGAUGAGAAUGUCCAAAAGAUGAAUGAAGCCAGGGCCAAAUGGUCUGCCUUUUAUGAAGAACAGUCCCGGAUGGCCAGAACUUACUCACUCGAAGAAAUUCAGAAUCUCACACUCAAGCGUCAAUUGAAGGCCCUUCAGCAUAGUGGGACCUCAGUGCUCUCGGCAGAGAAGAGCAAACGAUUGAACACGAUUCUAAAUAAAAUGAGCACCAUCUACAGUACUGGGAAAGUUUUGGACCCAAAUACACAGGAGUGCUUAGCACUUGAACCAGGUUUGGAUGACAUAAUGGAAAACAGCAGAGACUACAAUCGGAGGCUCUGGGCUUGGGAAGGCUGGAGGGCUGAGGUUGGCAAGCAACUAAGGCCAUUGUAUGAAGAGUAUGUGGUCCUGGAAAAUGAGAUGGCAAGAGCCAACAAUUAUGAGGACUACGGGGACUAUUGGAGAGGGGAUUAUGAGGUGACUGGGGCAGGGGACUAUGACUACAGCCGUGACCAGUUGAUGAAAGAUGUGGAACGUACCUUUGCGGAGAUUAAACCAUUAUAUGAACAACUUCACGCUUAUGUGAGGGCAAAGUUGAUGGAUACCUACCCUUCCUAUAUCAGCCCUACUGGAUGCCUCCCUGAGCAUUUGCUUGGUGAUAUGUGGGGGAGAUUUUGGACAAAUCUGUACUCUUUGACAGUCCCCUUUGAACACAAACCAAGCAUAGAUGUUACUGAAAAAAUGAAGAAUCAGUCCUGGGAUGCAGAAAGGAUAUUCAAGGAGGCUGAGAAGUUCUUCGUGUCUAUCGGCCUUCCUUACAUGACUCAAGGAUUCUGGGACAACUCCAUGCUGACUGAGCCAGGCGAUGGCCGGAAGGUGGUCUGCCACCCCACAGCGUGGGACUUGGGGAAGGGUGACUUCAGGAUCAAGAUGUGCACGAAGGUCACAAUGGAUGAUUUCCUGACAGCCCAUCACGAGAUGGGCCACAUCCAGUAUGACAUGGCGUAUGCUGCACAGCCCUACCUGCUCAGAAAUGGAGCUAAUGAAGGUUUCCAUGAAGCUGUUGGGGAGAUCAUGUCACUGUCUGCAGCUACACCUCACUAUUUGAAAGCGCUUGGUCUUCUGGCACCUGAUUUUUAUGAAGACAAUGAAACAGAAAUAAACUUCCUGCUCAAGCAAGCACUUACAAUUGUUGGAACUCUACCAUUUACUUACAUGUUAGAAAAGUGGAGGUGGAUGGUCUUUAAGGGUGAAAUUCCCAAACAGCAGUGGAUGGAAAAGUGGUGGGAGAUGAAGCGAGAGAUAGUCGGAGUGGUGGAGCCUUUGCCCCAUGAUGAGACAUACUGUGACCCCGCGUGUCUGUUCCAUGUGGCUGAAGAUUACUCAUUCAUCCGGUAUUACACAAGGACCAUUUAUCAAUUCCAGUUUCAUGAAGCCCUUUGUAAAACAGCUAAACAUGAAGGUGCCCUGUUCAAAUGUGAUAUCUCAAAUUCCACUGAAGCUGGGCAGAGGCUGCUCCAAAUGCUGCGCCUUGGAAAAUCAGAACCCUGGACCUUAGCAUUGGAAAAUAUUGUGGGCAUAAAGACUAUGGAUGUAAAACCCCUGCUCAACUACUUUGAGCCCUUGUUUACCUGGCUGAAAGAGCAGAACAGGAAUUCAUUCGUGGGAUGGAGCACGGAAUGGACUCCAUAUUCUGACCAAAGCAUCAAAGUGAGGAUAAGCCUAAAAUCAGCUCUUGGAAAAAAUGCUUAUGAAUGGAAUGACAACGAAAUGUACUUGUUCCGGUCGUCUGUGGCAUAUGCCAUGAGAACGUAUUUUUUUAAAAAAAAUGAGACCGUUCCUUUUGGGGAAGAGAACGUGUGGGUGAGUGACAAGAAACCAAGAAUCUCCUUCAAGUUCUUUGUCACGUCACCCAACAACGUGUCUGACAUCAUUCCUAGAACUGAAGUUGAAAAUGCCAUCAGGUUGUGCCGGGGCCGUAUCAAUGAUGCCUUCCAGCUGGAUGACAACAGCCUGGAGUUUCUGGGGAUUCAGCCGACACUGGGACCCCCUUACGAGCCACCUGUCACCAUAUGGCUGAUUAUCUUUGGGGUCGUGAUGGGAGUGGUAGUGAUUGGUAUUGUUGUGCUCAUCUUCACUGGGAUCCGAGAUCAAAGGAAACAUGACAAUGACGGACUCCAAAAUGAUGAAAACCUAAGGGUUCAGCAGCAGGCCGUGAAGGUGGACAUUCCCAGGAACAGUUUGAAAGCUACAGUACCUUUUAGUAAUAGUCCUGAGAAGCUAAAAUAG